AAAACAAGCGUGCGCUCAACAGCAAACAAAUUUUGUUUUACAAAUUUGUUUGAUCAAUAAACAGUAUUUCGAGAUUUUAACUUUGACAACAGUCACGGUACGGAAGCUGCUCGAAAUUAAACAGAAAUCAUGAAAAUCGAGGAGGUAAAAAGCACCGUGCGUACCCAGCGCAUCGCAGCCCAUAGCCACGUGAAGGGACUCGGCCUGGACGAGACCGGAGCAGCCAUACAAAGUGCCGCUGGACUGGUUGGCCAGAAGGCAGCCCGCGAGGCGGCCGGCAUCGUGGUGGAUCUCAUCAAGUCCAAAAAGAUGGCUGGCCGUGCUCUGCUACUGGCCGGCCCACCCGGCACCGGCAAAACCGCCAUCGCAUUGGCCAUUGCCCAGGAGCUGGGCAACAAGGUGCCUUUCUGCCCAAUGGUCGGCUCUGAGGUGUUCAGCAAUGAGAUCAAGAAGACCGAGGUGCUCAUGGAGAACUUCCGUCGCUCCAUCGGGCUGCGCAUACGCGAGACCAAAGAAGUCUACGAGGGCGAAGUGACCGAGUUGACUCCAGUAGAGACCGAGAACCCGAUGGGUGGCUACGGCAAGACCAUCAGCAACGUUGUGAUUGGUUUGAAGACCGCCAAGGGUACCAAGCAGCUGAAGCUUGAUCCGAGCAUCUUUGAUGCGCUACAAAAGGAGAAGGUUGAGGUGGGCGAUGUCAUCUACAUUGAGGCCAACAGCGGUGCCGUGAAGCGCCAGGGACGCAGCGACACCUUUGCCACAGAGUUCGAUUUGGAGACGGAGGAGUACGUGCCCUUGCCUAAAGGCGAUGUGCACAAGAAGAAGGAAGUUAUCCAGGAUGUAACACUGCACGACCUGGAUGUGGCCAAUGCCCGCCCGCAGGGUGGCCAGGAUGUGCUCUCCAUGAUGGGGCAGCUAAUGAAGCCCAAGAAAACUGAAAUCACAGACAAACUCCGCAUGGAAAUCAACAAAGUCGUCAACAAAUACAUUGAUCAGGGCAUUGCAGAGCUGGUGCCCGGCGUGCUGUUCAUCGACGAGAUACACAUGCUGGACCUGGAGACCUUUACCUAUUUGCACAAAUCUCUGGAAUCUCCCAUUGCGCCCAUUGUCAUAUUUGCCACCAACAGAGGCCGCUGUGUCAUUCGUGGCACCACUGAUAUAGUCUCCCCUCAUGGGAUUCCCUUGGAUCUGCUGGAUCGCUUGCUCAUCAUUCGCACACUUCUCUACUCUACUUCGGAUAUGGAACAGAUUAUCAAAUUGCGUGCUCAGACCGAGGGUCUCCAGCUGGAGGAAAAUGCUUUCGCACAUCUCAGUGAGAUUGGAACAAGUUCCACUUUGCGCUAUGCUGUCCAGCUGCUGACUCCGGCUCACCAGAUGUGCAAGGUUAAUGGGCGCAAUCAGAUCACUAAAGAGGAUAUUGAAGACGUGCAUUCGCUGUUCUUGGACGCCAAGCGCUCCUCCAAGCAUCUAUCCGAAAAGAAUAAUAAGUUUAUGUUGUAAGUUUACGCAUGUAAAGCACAAUUCCAUGUUCACCGAUACUUUAAUAAAUUUGCGAAACUAUCGAGUCUAA